AACAUUUUCUGUCAAAUACCUGUUGUUGUAGGUAUUGAGUUCACACUCCCCCUGCUGGAAGAGAGGAGGAAGAGCAAGGAGCAGGGAUCAACCGCACACAACCAGGAGACAGAUGGAGAGGAGGAGGAGACACAGUCUGAAGCCAGUGACAAGGAAGACGAUGAUGAUGACGAUGGUGGGUUUUCCUGGCUGACGGAGAUGGGAGUGCAGGAUAAGAUUAAGAAACCAGACAACAUCUCCAUCAAACUGCACAAAGAGCGCAACUCUGUGUGUUUAGACCACAAGCCAGAGUCUGUAGUGUGUGUGUCGGGAACGCACACCUUCACUCUCAUCAACUUCCUCAUCAACUGUAAGAGCCUGGUGGCAGGGGCUGGAUCACAGGCAGGCCUGCCCCCCACCCUACUGGCCCCUACAGCCUUCAGAGGAGCUACGCUACACUCAAGUGUGAACGUGAAGACCCAGGUGCGUGCUGGUUACCAGGACGUGUGCAGUCUAGAGGUGACGGGACCCAUAAUGCCUCAUUCUCUCCACGCCCUGACCCGCAUGCUUCGGCCUGCUCAGAGAGGAUGCUUCAGCACCGCACUCUACACACACGAACCCACCGCUGUCCUCAACACACACACCACCACCAGGGAAUAGGCUGAGCAGGCUGUAGAGCUGGAUGGAUGUGGUCUUCAUCCCAGCACCAUCCAGCAGCUCCAGGAGCCCUCUACCUUGGGAAAGUCUCCCCUCCGACAGCACCAUUUGAACAACUACUCCUACACAUGGAAGUCCUGAGAGCAACUCACCCUGCCUCUAUCAGACUGCCCAGAGAGCACUGCUAGGCUACGUCCCAAAUUGCACCCUUUUCUCUUUAUAGUGAAAUGCUUUUGACCAGAGCCCAAUAAAGUAGAGCACUAUAUUGGAAAUAGGGUGCCAUUUGGGACACAGCCUAGGGCCAACAUGCCUUUAGUGGACCGUACCAUUCCUACACUGCCGUAUACUUACUGCCCAUAUUUGUCUGAAUAGCCUGUCCACAAACUCCAGGUAUGCUGGCAAUUGUAGUUUUACUAACCCCCUGUCCUCUGGACUACAACCCAAUUACUGAUGGGAAAUGGAGUUCUUGUAUAUGUAAAAUUCCUGUAUAUUUCAUAAUGAGAUGGAUUUUGCUGAAACAGAGUUGUUGAUGAUUUUAGACCCUGCCCUAAGAUGUUUUUGUCGUGAACCAUUUUUACAUUUUUUGUUUUAAGAGCUUUUAUUUCAACAUAAUUGUUUUAUAGUAAUGAUGUUAUAUCUCUGUACUGGUGACAUUUUAUUGGAUUCAAUUCAUUUGUCACAUGAUUUUUCUGCUUGACUUAUUUUUUCCCCCCUUGACUGUUAUAAAUUUAAUGUCGAAGUGG